AUGACUGACGUUGAGCUCACUACCGUGGGCUCAAAUGACAGCAAGAGUGCCGGGAAUGUGUAUGUGACGGAUGCGCCGACCGAGGUCGAGCUCCAUCGCCGCUUCUCGUUCUUCGCAUGUCUUGGCCUGGCGUUCAGUCUUCUCAAUUCGUGGACAGCCAUGGCCGCGUCGCUCUCGGUUGUCCUCGGAUCAGGUGGACAGGUUGCGAUGGUUUGGGGCCUCGUCGUCUCUGCGGUGGGGACCAUGUUCAUGGUUGUGUCUCUGGCCGAGAUCUGCCACGUCUUCCCACUCUCGGGCGGACAGUACGACUGGACCUUCUGUGUCGCGCCGCUGCGGUGGCGCAACGGCCUCUCCUACGCCGUUGGCUGGGCUGCGUGUGCAGGUUGGAUCUCCCUGUUCGCUGGCGGCUCCAGUCUCUGCAUGCAGUUCGUCCUGGGAUGUGCCGCAAUCUUUAACCCAGACUUUGCACCGACCAACUGGCAAAGCUUUCUGCUGUUCCUGUUCUUCCCCCUCAUUGCGGCUCUGCUCAAUCUCUUUGGCGUGCGCCUCCUCCCGACUGUAGACAGGGUCGCGUAUUUCCUGGGCAUGAUAGGCAUCGUCGUGGUGUCAAUCGUGCUCCUCGUUUGCUCAAGGGGUCGCUACCAGAGCGCCAAGGAGGUGUUUGCAACAUUCAACAACGCCACGGGCUGGCCUGAUGGAAUGGCUUUCAUCCUCGGCCUCCUCCAGAGCACACUGGGCCUGACCGCCUUUGACGCUGCCAGUCACAUGGUCGAGGAGAUUCCGCAGCCUGCAAAGAACGCACCGCGCAUCAUGAUCAUUGCGGUUGGUCUCGGCUCUGUCACGGCGUGGAUCUUCAUGGUCGUCAUCCUCUUCGCUCUCUCCGAUUUUGAAGCCGUCGCUGCCGCCCCCACUGGGCCGCUCCUUCAGAUUUACUACCAGUCGACCAAGUCGCUCGCUGGAGCAACAUGCCUUGUAAUGUUCAACCUCUUGUCCAUGUUCCUGGCUGUGCAGGCGGUUAACACGGUCUCAUCGCGCAUGGUCAUGAGCUUUGCGCGAGACCGCGGCUUUGGUCCGCUCUCGUCCUACCUUGCACCCAUCCACCCGAAACUCAUGGUGCCUGCGUGGUCGGUCAUCUUCGUCACGGCAUGGGUGUUUGUCUUUGGCCUCAUCUACCUCGGCUCGACGGUUGCGCUCAACGCCAUUCUCGCUGCUGCCAUCGUGCUGUUGCAGAUCUCGUACAUGGUGCCGAUCGCGACGGUGCUCAUCCGCGGAGGCGAGACUGCGUACGCCGGACAUACGCGUCAGUGGGGCCUCGGGCGGUGGCGCCGGCCGAUCAACAUCGGCGCUCUGUGCUUCGGACUUCUGACGAGCGUAUGUUUUGUGUUCCCUCCAGUGAUCCCGGUGACUGGCGCGACAAUGAACUACGCGGUCGUCGUGCUCGCCGUGGUGUUCACGAUCUGUGGGCUGCUGUACGCAUUCGACGGGCGCAAGAAGUUCCAUGGGCCGCUGGACCUGGAGGAGAGGCUGAUGAUCAACAAGGCGGAGUGA